GCGCCGAGCAACAGGAGCCUCUGCAUCUCGCCUAGGCCGGCGGCGCCCCAUGCAGCUGCAGCUCCCGCCGCGGCCUGGAGGUGCCUCCCGAGGCCGCCGCCGGGCCGCUGGGAAGUAGCCUGGUCCGCCUCGCCGCUGCCCGCUCCCCUUCCUCCUCCUCGUCGUCGUCCUCCUCCUCCCCGCGCGGCCUUCGAGCAGGAGCCGGCGGAGCUGAGCAUGGCUCGGGCGCUGCUGGGGCUGCUGCUGUGCUUGGGCUCCGGGGUGGCGCGAGGCCCCGUCCAGGCGCCCGUCGGGCUCCGGCUGCCCUUGCGGAGCGCGCCGACCCAGUCGCGGGAGCCGCGCUCGGCCGACGAGCAGGACGAGCCUCGCCCCGGUAGCGGCGGCGGCGGCGUCUUCGCCGACAUGCUGGACAACCUGCGAGGCAAGUCCGGGCAGGGCUACUACGUGGAGAUGACGGUGGGGAGCCCCCCGCAGAAGCUGAAUAUCUUGGUGGACACAGGGAGCAGUAACUUUGCUGUGGGUGCAGCACCUCACCCUUUCCUCAGGCGGUACUACCGGCGCCAGCUCUCUGGUACAUACCGGGACUUGCGGAAAGGAGUCUACGUGCCGUACACGCAGGGCAAGUGGGAAGGGGAGCUUGGCACUGACCUGGUGACCAUCCCCCACGGCCCAAACGUCACCGUCCGCGCCAACAUUGCUGCCAUCACUGAGUCGGACAAGUUUUUCAUCAACGGGUCCAACUGGGAAGGGAUCCUGGGCCUGGCAUAUGCGGAGAUUGCCCGGCCUGAUGACACCCUGGAGCCUUUCUUUGACUCGCUGGUGAAGCAAACCCAGGUCCCCAACCUCUUCUCCCUGCAGCUCUGUGGAGCCGGCUUCCCGCCCAACGUCUCGGACGCCCUGGCUUCUGUGGGGGGCAGCAUGAUCAUUGGAGGCAUCGACCCGUCCCUCUACGUGGGCAGCAUCUGGUACACCCCGAUUCGGAAAGAGUGGUACUACGAGGUCAUCAUUGUCAGGAUAGAGAUCAAUGGGCAGGACCUGCAGAUGGACUGCAAGGAGUACAACUAUGACAAGAGCAUCGUGGACAGCGGCACCACCAACCUCCGCCUCCCCAAGAAAGUCUUUGAGGCAGCAGUGAAGUCAAUAAAGACAGCUUCCUCGACAGAGAAGUUCCCUGAUGGCUUCUGGCUGGGGGAGCAGCUGGUUUGCUGGCAAGUGGGCACCACCCCCUGGCACAUCUUCCCGGUCAUCUCCCUCUACCUGAUGGGCGAGACCACCAACCAGUCUUUCCGGAUCAGCAUCCUGCCACAGCAAUAUCUGCGGCCUGUCGAGGACGUGGCCACGUCUCAGGAUGAAUGCUACAAGUUCGCCAUCUCCCAGUCGUCCACGGGCACCGUCAUGGGCGCUGUCAUCAUGGAGGGCUUCUACGUGGUCUUUGACCGGGCUCGCAAGCGCAUCGGCUUUGCAGUCAGUGCCUGCCAUGUGCACGACGAAUUCCGCACGGCCGCAGUGGACGGCCCUUUCCUUCACUCCAACAUGGAGGACUGUGGCUACAACAUCCCCCAGACGGACGAGUCCACGCUGAUGACCAUCGCCUACGUCAUGGCGGCCAUCUGCGCCCUCUUCAUGCUCCCUCUCUGCCUCAUGGUGUCCCAGUGGCGCUGCCUGCGCUGCCUGCGCCGGGGCCACGACGACUUUGCCGACGACAUCUCCUUGCUCAAGUGAGCGCUCUUGCCUCGCCACCCUCCGGCCCGUGCCGGCAGCCAGGGGGCACAGCUGCCAGGAGCCACAAACUCCUCCCACCCCCUUCCACCUCCGCCGUGUGCGGGUCUGCAGCUGCCUCAGGGCCACCUGCGAGUGGGGGACUGGCCGGCUGCACCGAAAGCGGCAGGAGACGCGCAACCUUUUCCUCCCUCCUGCCGUGGUUUGUGGGAUGGCAGCUUACGGAGGCCCUACUCUUCCUCUCGCUGCCCGCCUGGUGGGUGAGAGAGGUCUACCGUCACCGUACAAGGAAGAGAAGCAGGAACUGGUGGGGCCUGGUUGCUCAGCUCAGGAGGGGCCCAGAGCUAUUUCCCACCUCAGGGCUUCAUGGCUGUUUCCCCCGUUUUGCUCGUAUGUGACGAUGGGACUACUCGCAAGGUGUCACGACCUGGAAGGGUUUGCCGGAAAGGGCAGCGGGGAUGGACAGACCCCAAAGUGUUGCUUCUGUGUAGCGCUGAUGAGAGUGGCUGUCAUUUCUUAAAGGGUUUGUGUGCGUGUCUCUCUACAAAAUAUAUAUAUAGAGAUAUAUAUAAAUAUAUGUAACUUAUACAAUGGUAAACUGAAGGAGGGGGAAUCUGUCCCCACCCCACUCAGGGAGCAUUUGGGCUCCUUCUCGGCCCUUCACUGGCCACACUUCUUUCAAGGAACACCCCCCCAAUAGGGUCUGGGGGCAAGGCCAGCUGCGACACACAGGUGUCCAUCUCAAGGUAAGGAGGGUUCCAUUUUGUUAACCGUGCAAAGUGGAGGGAGGAUCCCUGCCUCUGGCAGUGGACGGGCCUUGAUGGUCCCUUUUUAAUCCCAGGCAUCCAAAAGGCUUUCAGGAGUCGAAAAGAGUUUUGUAUCCAUUGAUGAGAAGGAGCAGCUGCCUGUUUCCUCUUCAAGGCUGUCUAGCUGCCUUUCCUAGCUGCUUCCCUGGAGAAGCGCUUUCUCUUCAAGGAGCCUCUCUUGAUGGGCACCUCACUCCUCCCUGUCCCUUGCCUCCUUCACGAGCAGGACUCUGGGGUGGCAGAACUCAGUGGAGUUCUGCCCAUCGUGGGGAGUCAGCUCUCUUUGUGUACCAGGGCUGAUGGGAAUAGUUGUCCACCUGGAGGGCACCAAUCUGGGGAGGGUGGUUUUAUGCAGACAUCCAUCACACCUGGAGCCAUGUGUGACUCGCCUGGGUUUAGCAAGCCUCCAGGGGACUCAUCACCCCCAUAUCCACCCUGCAUCCCUUUUUCCCAGUUCCAUCCUUCAGUGUUUUCCUUGUGGCUUCUUCUUCACUGUUAAGUCCUGCUGGUUGGGCAAUGGUAGCUGUGGAGGUGCAGUGAGCCAGAUCUGGGGCCAGCUGGAUGGUGCUGUGCUCCCCUCUUUUGGGGGUUCCAAACUUAUUCUGCAAGGAAACAGGACCCCCCCCUUCCCCGUUACAGUCUGAACAUGGUCCAGGAGUCUGGGCUGCCUGUUGCCACAGAUAUUUAGAGCUCAUUUCAUCAUUGCCUGCUGAGCAUCCUUGGGCAACUGCUGAUAGCCAGGUGCUGCUUCUGCAGCGGCCGUUGUCACCUGAGCAUUACUGAACCUAGGAAGCUGCCUUCUGCCAAGGGAGGCUACCGGUCCAUCUAGCCCCGUAUCGUCCAACAUGAGCCUCCCCCAAGGUGGUGCCCUUGGACUACAACUCCCAUUAGCCCCAGCUGUGUGAUCCUGGGAGCACAGCUGUGCUUGGCUGGGAAGGAUGGAGGUUGUAGUCAAAAACACCAGGCAAGUGCCGGCCUCGAGAGAGGCUGCUCUGCCCCUGGCUGGCAGCAGUUCAGGCAGGGGUCUCUCCUUGCCUUACCUGGAGAGGUUGAAGAUUGAACUUUGGACCAGUGGCCUGGAGGCAGCU